AAAGUCUGGGUGCUGAGGAGGAGUUGGUUUCACUGUUUGUGAAGGUACAUUGACUCUGUCCACUGCUGAAAUGGCCUCUUCCUGCGGAGAUAUAUUGGUUAAGGAGAUGGACAAACGUGCGUCUGGCCAGGUGUUCGAGGUGAUCCUAGGAGCUCCAGCUCCAGACGCCAAGGGAGAGUUCCCCCUUUCUCCCCCCAAGAAGAAGGACCUGUCCCUGGAGGAGAUCCAGAGGAAACUAGAGGCUGCAGAGGAGAGGAGGAGGUCCCAUGAAGCGGAGGUUCUGAAACACCUCGCUGAGAAGCGUGAGAAGGAGGUGCAAAGGAAAGCCAUGGAGGAGAACAACAACUUCAGCAAGAUAGCGGAGAAGCUUAACCAGAAGAUGGAGGCUAACAAAGAAAACGAGGCCCUUCAGGCAGCCAUGAGUGAGAAGUUCAAGGAGAAGGACAAGAAACUGGAAGAGGUGCGUGCUAAGAAGGAAACCAAAGAGGGCGGUGCCGAGACAUCAAAAAACUGAACAGUUCAGUCUAUGGGGGAAUUGUAUACUAUAGGGUUUUUUACGUAUCCAAAGAUGGAUUUAUAUUUAGUUGAUGGCCAGUAUUUUUGUUCCUUGCC